UCGGCCGUUGACCUCAUUGGACGAAAACCGGGAGUCUGAUGGGCUCUUUGGUAGCUUGAUCCUUUUUUCGGUUCAGCGUUAGGAUUCAGUUCAACUUCCUUCAGAUUGUUGUGAGCACCUCUGAGCGGUGACGGCAGAGACAGGGGAUUUGUUGAAUUUAGGCGGCUACCUGCCUAUCCCAUUGGAUAAACCACAGGGAAAGCUGCUUGUUAAAGGAAUCCCACGUCUCUCGCGUCACCUUGCAGCCGGUGUGGAAUCGUGGACGGUCCGCUUUUCCUGUCAGGACGGAUUGUAACAUCGGAGCAGAGAUUCAGUGCAGUUUUUAUCUAAAGGGCAGUGAUUAAGUUGGCGACCACAUCCAUUACCCUGGGUUCAGUGUGUGAGCAUCACUGAAUCCAGCAAGUGCAUCCAGCAGCAAAGUAGUCAACGUCUAGUAUUGGCGAUGAAACCCGAUGGGGUGGCCACAGAACCAUCUGAACCAGUGGAAGCAGAGGGAUUGGGACCAAUAGCAGGGCCAGAUGACAAUGAGGGGGCGUCCCAAAAUGGCACUGCCCCAACACCUCCACAUCCCGAUGAAGCCCUAAAUAAGCAAGAUGCUCCUUCAACUGUUAAGGAGGCCCCUGGAAAGGCGGAGGAUCCUAAAGGUAAAUCCAAAGCCCCCAUCAAAGGAAAAACUACAGCAAGCGGUCAAGCUACCACGGGCCCAGGCACGAGACCCAAAACAAUCCAAAGCCGUGUGGCUAAUGGCGUCACAAAAACUGCAGCAAGUACGGCAGCCAAGAAACCAGCUACCACUUCGACAGCAGAGAAGAAACCCAGCACUGCUGCCGGAGGUCCAGCUCCAAGUAAGAAACCUGCCGGCUCUUCCACAGCAACCUCAAGGGCCCAACCUGGGGUGACGGCUGUUGGGACUGGCAGAACAACAACUACCACCAAAGUUACGAAGACAGGAACAACUGUCAGCACAGCCACCGGCGUGAGUAGGAGACCUGCCACUGCUCCUGCCAGUGCAGCAACCAAGCCCAAAACCACAGCUCCAGCUCCAAAACCCACCACUGCCAAACCCAGCACUUCAGCCACGGCCAAAACCUCUUCAGCUCCAAAAACGAACAGGACAAUUGGAAAUACUGCAUCACGGCCAGCUACUACUUCAGCUACAGGCAGAACAACUACAACUACAACCACCACCACCAGUAGCACAACUACUGCAGCAAGUAGAACAAGCCGCCCUGCUUCUCAACAGCCUGUUAAACCUUUGGUUACAACAUCACUCACCCGCAAAGAUCCUGGCAAAACAGGCACUACUGCCCCAGCAAAGAAACCAGUUGCAGCAGUAACAUCCCGUCCUGCUGCCAGCAAGCCUUCAAACUCAGAUGCUCCAAAACAAGCAGCAGUUACAAAACGACCCUUACCUAGCGUCAAAGCACCACAACCGAAACCGGAUGACAAAAAAAGUGUACCAACACGUAAGGUGCCACCUAGUCCACGAAACAUUCCUUCACGGGCAGCGUCAGGCAAGACAGCUGCCGCCUCUUCUAGUCACAAACCAACAGGUAGCAGUACGACAGUUACUGGGAAGCUUCAACCAAACAAACCAACACAGUCUGUUUUACCCAUUGUUGUCAAAGAUAAGCCUGCUAGUAAAGAACCUGCUGAAGAGUCUGCGCAACUUUCAGAAGCUGCAGUAGCUGCUGUUGCAACAGCUGCAGCUAUAGCUACAGAAGAAUCUGGUUUGGAGCCUGAUGCUACAGCAGCUUCAGAGAGCCCUCUAGAUGUGCCACCCUCCUCUUCCUUAAAUGCUCAGGAAAUUAAAGAUGUCCCGGUCUUUACGGUCAGUGACAACAACACAGAGCUGCUGGCUCAAGAAGCUGGUCCUGUUGAAGUGUCUGGUCCUGUUGAAGUGUCUGGAGAUAUUCAGAAUUUUGAAGAACAGGGUUCAGAAAAAGUUAAUGAAGAGGCUGCUGCUGCUGAAGAUAUUCUGAAUUUUGAAGAACAGGGUUCAGAAAAAGUUAACGAAGAGGUUGCUGCUGCUGCUGAAGAUAUUCUGAAUUUUGAAGAACAGGGUUCAGAAAAAGUUAACGAAGAGGUUGCUGCUGCUGCUGGAGAUAUUCAGAAUUUUGAAGAACAGGGUUCAGAAAAAGUUAAUGAAGAGGUUGCUACUGCUGCUGAACCAGUUGCACAUGAAGCAGUUAAGCAAGAAAGUUGGACAGCUUCACCGUUUGAUAACCUUGCUGCUGCAAUAGUGCCCUCUGUUGGCUUGGAAGUGGCUGAAAAAGCUGAGCUAAUUAACAGUGAGUGUUAUGAAGAUGUGGAAGAAGAAAGGGAGGGCAGCCAACAAGUGUCUUUGUCAGAAAUGAGUGGCACCCAGCCUACCGAAGAGUCUCAACCUGGGUCAGCAGGGCUUCCUGGUUCUAUUUGGCGAGCAGGGGCCUUGCUCUCAGAGCUUGACUCUGAAGAUGUAAGCUGCAGCCAGCAAGGGGCAUCUGAGCUUAGUGCUCCAGGUGUCCUGGAGGGCACUGAAAGCAUGGAUGAUCUGGGUGAUGCUAGCCUAAAAGGAGCUGAAGGUGCAUCCGUUGGGUCUCCUGACUUUGAGAAGGUUCCUGAUAUUCUUACUAAUGAAGAUGAUGAGGAGGAGGACGAUGAUGAUCGAGUAUGUGAUAUGGAGGUAGGGUCGGAAAGAGCAGAUGACUCACACAUGCAGCAUCAUGACAAUGAUAUUGAUGAAGAUGAAGAUGUAGAAAUGGCAAGUGAGGGCAUUACUGAGAGUGGGCUUGAAAGUUAUGGAAAUGCAGAUGAGGAUGACUUAACAGAAGACUACCGGUUGGACAACCUGAAUCGUAUUCAGCCUCCUGGCAUGGAUAUGUCUGUCCCUCCAGCAGCUCAGUGUAGCUUUGCUGAUCCUUGGGCCCAGCUACCACAACCGGCCUCUACUCUUCUCUCUAGUCCUUCCUCUGAACACUGGGAUGCAAACCCUGAAACACCAACCCAGGUACCUGCUCAGGCAACAAUAGAUGUUAGCAACUCUGAAAGAGGCCCUACAUCUCCUUACCCCUCAAACCUUUUUGAACCACCACCUUUUUUGACUCGGUCCCCACCAACAACUGCAGAGGAGGAUGCCUGCCCCAAACUAGGUCUGACACCCCCUCAAGGCGCCGAAUCCCAGUUUGGUACCCUCAGUGUCCCGGAGCUAGCAUCUGACAGUAACAGAGACCCAGGCAAACCAGAGGAGCUGAAAGAUUUCGAUGGCUGUUUAGGUACUGAGAUUCAUUCCAAAGAAGAGAAGUCAGAAUCACUAAACCCUGUCUUGCCUGACAUCAUGCAAGAUCUAGGGAUUCACCUUGAACAAGCUGAUGAGGAAGAAGAACCAGAGACUUUACCAGCUGAUGAUGUACUGGGUGGUCCAGCAACUGCUCCAGCAUCCGCACCAUCCUCUCCUUCAUCAGCUACUGAGGAUGAAGUUAGUGAUACAGAAGGUGAAAUGCAAAUCAGUGACCCUCAAGCUGAGCUUCCUGUAAUUGAACCUACCGGUGAAAUGGCACUUGUUUCCCACAAUUUGUCCACUUUAGAGGAGCAUGAAGAAAUCGGUGGAGAACCGGAAGGUGGUGGUGGUAGUGAAACCCCUCAAUCUGCCACAUCUGCUGCUUCCUAUGGCUUUGACUACAUGACCUCUAAUUCCAAUGCCCAGUCAUCUGCUGAAAGUUGCAGCAAGAGCCCUGGCAUCUUUUCCCUUGAAAACGAAGAGCAGCUCCCAGAUGAGGCCAAAGAUCCAUCUCUGCUCAAAGAGCUCACCCUGAUGCCUACUCCUGCAGAUACGGAAAAAAUUGAAGCACUAAAAUGCCAACAUGGGGAGUUCCAGUCCCACCCAGAGCAACAGUCACACUCCGAGCACCAAUAUAUGCUUUGUGGGGAGUCCACUGAGUUGCCAGAGCCAAGUUCACUACUGGCAACUGCACCUGUAGAAUCAACUUUGAUUGAUCCUUCAUCCUACAGGGUCCCACAGCACCCAGAAGAACCGCAAGAUCCUGACACUCAGCACCCUUAUUACUCCACUAUAUGCGGAAAUUCUGAUAGUCCCUUGGCAGGAAGGAACUCCCACUUUCCACCACACAUGCCCGACUUGCUCCAUAUCCAAAUGACAAUGUCAUCCAAACUUCGCCUCCGCCCCCGUUCUGUCCACGGGACCCAGCCACCACGGCUUCCCACAGACCUUCCUCCCAGAAUACCAAGUGGCGGUUCAAACACACAGCUCCGAUGUCUAGAGAAACACCAACAGCAGCUACAAGAGAUUAAGCAAUGGCAGGAGAAGCAGUAUCAUGAACAAGAGAGACAAGAAGAAGCUAGAAAGAAACAAGUUACGAAAGAGAGAGAGGAGGAAGAGGAGUUGGAGAAGCAGAGGAGGAAUUUGCUUGAGUUGGAACUCAGACAGCAAGAGGAAGAACUGAAACAGCGACAGCAAAUCAUGCAGUGGCAAGAAGAACUUGAACAGCAGCAGCAACAGCAGCAGAAACAAAAGGCACAUACACCGGUUCUCCUGUCUCCUUCGUCAGGCCUGUGUACCAUCUAUGAAACUCUUGAAGCAAGUGAUUCCGAAGAGGAGGAACAAGGAGCGGUUGAAGAAACUGAGAAAACCGAGGACAAAAGGACCCUUAAUGCAUGUCCUGAUGAAGAGAAGCAUCAACGUUCUGAAGAAAAAGAUGAAGUUGAUCGUCAUUCGAAUUGCACAACACCUUCACUAGAUGCUGCUUCUCAUCAGGAUUUACAGAAUGACCAUAAUAGUCCUCCCCAGUCUCCCUCUGAAUCUCCUAAGCGUCACGCACCUCUAGAGUUUGACUGGGGCAAGAAGGUGGAUAUUGUCCAGCAUCUGAUUAAUCAGACAUUACUGUUUGCAGGUGAUGGUUGCUCACCACUUCUACUACCCGGUGGGAAAGGUGGAACACUUAGUCCCCUUGAAAGCAGUCUGUGGCCUAAUCUAUUACCUCCGUUUACACCCCCUUCAGCCACCGUGACUUCUGUAAGCAGCUUCUCACCUGAAACUCCAGGCAGUUCUGCUCAGGGUGAGUGGACCGUUGUAGAGCUGGAGACACAUCACUGAGAACGUGUAGGAAGUUGUAUGAAUACUGAAUGAACAGGCCAAAUAUUAACGUGUGCAACAGGAGAGAGAUGCAUGCUGUUACGUUAAAGAAAACAGCCUUUUCCAGAAAGAAAUUGUGAGGGAUGUGAACUCGUUUAUCCUCAUCCUGGCAGUUAUUCAAGUGCAGUAAGAGCUUCCAUUCUCACAUCCCUACCCAUCCAAAAACAACAGAACACUACAAUAUGAUACCCUCCCUCAUACAGACUCCCUUCCAAAUUGAUCGGCCAUAUCUGACCUGCCCCUGUGCCAAAAAGCCAUUUCCUGAAAGUUUAAUGGGAAUCUCGGCUUGGCUUGAACUCCAUACAUUUAUCUUUUAGUCAUUAGGUUGGCAUCUUGCCUUCAUUGUGGGUUUCAUAAAGACUAAGAUGGUCGACGUGAAAUGGACUCUCAGAUUUCUUCAACUUACAGUGAAAAAGAUUUAAUUGUACAGGUUUCCAAUUAAGAUAAAAUGGGUAUUUCACGGUUUAAACUACUAAUUGAAGGAGGAGGGUAUUUGAAGUACAUUCGCAGAAGAUGGCUGGUAUAGUUCUGGUGCAUUAAAUUAUUAUUAGUCUGUAAAAGUAUACAGAACAGUAUUGCUAAAAUUUCAAAAAACGAUUUUGGGUUGAGGAACAUUAUUGAGAUAAUUCUAAUAUCGAAGAAGCUAUAAAGCUGGUUUUGUGGUGGUCUUUAACUAUCUGAAGUCUCUAAACUGCUGUAAUAUUGUAAAAAUAGCUGAGUUAAACAGCCAGAAUAAUGUGCUACAGGGAUUUUAUAAGGUAUUACGAGUAAAACUGCAGAUAUAUUAAAUAAUUUACUGUGAACCCUACGAACACUGUACCUCAAUUGAACUAUGAAUGUAGAAAAGGGACUGUUUUUAUUUGCAUUAUGUUUAUCCAAAACAAUGUAGGUAAUUCAAACGGACAUAAUGCAUUACCGCAGUGGUUCUCAACUUCGGUCCAUUAUCGGCACAUUUUGUAUGUCUCCCUUAAAUGACAAAAUCAGUUUUGUACAAUGAUCUCUGCUAUGAUUAAGCUGAUGAUAUGAAUCAUACCCAGACAGCAGACGACCCCAGGCCAGAUCUGCACUGGAGCUGCUGAAUUUGACGCGGAUACGGCCCAGAGUUGUCAGCUGUCUGGGUAGUAUCAUACAAAAUGUUGAAUGCUGUGGAUCCAUAGGACAAGAGUUGAGAACCAUUGCAUAAGAAAAUGGGCUUAAAUUUUAAGACAAACUAAGCUCGGCAGUUCUCUAAAGUGAAGUCUACUAAUGUAAAAGUCUAGCUACUGAAAGAAAACUAAUCUUACAUGUAACAGUUAAGCCGCAUUCAAACAGCCAGCGACGUUAUCGCUGUGUGUCGCCCGUCUCUUUCAAUGAGGCGUUUCUUAAUCUGCUUGUCAUAAACAAAUGAGUACCAUACAUGACGAGAGAAGGAUGAUGUGAACUCCACUGCUUCGUUCUCAUUGGUAGUCGCUCCUGAAAUUCGCUCGAGGUUCGCAUAAAGUUAAACUUUUCUUAACUUUCUCGCGUCGCUGGAGACGCCCAUACGGUCGCCAACGGAAGUCGCCCGGUUUCCAUUAAAAUGGAUGAGACUGCGUCGCUCUCCUACUGCUGGUCGUUGGCUGUCUGAAUGGGGCGUUAUGCAAUUUUAAUUCAUGUCUUCAGAUUUGCUGUGCUUGAGACUUUGGUUUUCAGAGUGCUGGAGUGCAAAAUGAGUGACAUAUUCUCAUACACUGUGACUUUUACACUGCUUUAGGUGAUGGGUUUGUCUCAUCUGGUAUGUAUGAAAAUUUGUCUCUUAGUGUAUUUGUUUCUGUGCUACUGAUCUGUGUCUAGCGUUGUUCUCCGAUGUAAAUAAGAGGGGUUUAAGGAACACAUGGCUACAAAUUGAAUUCAAAUUAUAGACAUAAAUUACAGUUGGACUAGAUUAAUAUUCUGCAGGAAUCUCAGUGUCAGUUUUCUGUGUUUAAAGUUUUGUGUCGGGUUGAUGAGUUUUAUUUGGAACGUAUCCUGUAUUAUUUGUCAUUUUCUUUUGAAAACCUCACUUCGUUUCUUUCAUCCGAGCUUGACUCAACUCAAUAUUAGCUUCAAAAGUCAUGAACUGUUUUAUCAUAUUUGAAGGUACGAUGUACAUUAUUUUAAAGGGAAGAUGUUUUAAAGUAAAACUCUAUUUGCUGUAUUACAAUGGGAGAUUAUUGUAAUUGUACUGCCGAUUUUUCUAGUACAGUUAAGUAGUUUAAUAGAUAACAUUUAGUACUUCAAUUGAUUUUUAACUGCUUUUAAUCUUUACAUUUAGGUACAUAAAAGAAACCACUUCCAUUUUUAUCAGGAAUUCGAGGUGGAUUCUGACUAUUUUGACAGAGCUACUGUAACUACUGACUACUACUAUGUAACUUUUACAUAUAAUAAUGCACAGGGAAAGCUACUGUAUCAACACAAACCAGCAGUAAAAUGCACUGAAAAUUUACUAGGAGGCACAAAAAUAUUUUAAGGGGAUUUAAGAAAUACAACAUCCUGAUUCAUAAUGUUCUGCCCUCUCUUUUGCAAAUUUGUUUUUGUUAUGUGUUGCUUCAAACGUCCAAAGACGCAUAGAAAAUUACCUGUUUUUGUGUUGUAUAUUUCUGCUUUUGUGUAAAUUUUUGUAAUUUAUUAUUUUGUAAUGAAGGAUUAUGUCGUUUCUUUACUGU